UUUUCAUAUUUAUUUUAUUUUAGAGAAAAGAUUAAAGUCGCAGAGAAAUAGCUAAGUACUUUCAGUACACUAAGUGUCCUUUCAAAUAACUGGACAAAAUGAAAACAGAUUUCCACUUAAGUGGACUAAUUGAAAACGUUUAUCCGCUUGAGCUCUCUCGUCUGUACACUCGACGCGACGCAACAGACUAGAACGUUUUGGGGAUUAAAAUAAGAGCGUUUUAGUAGGACGCGUCGCGUCACGCGCUCGCAGUGUAGACUAGUGUGAGUUACUGUACGCGAUAGACCCGCCCCCUUUACAAAGAGAGGGAGAGAAUGAUUCUCUCUCCUGUGUGACGAACAGACGCUCGUGAGGAUCGUGUCAGUAAACUAGAGGAGAUCUCAAACACUACUGGUCUAUCCAGGAUAACUCUGGACAUCUUCAGUUGUUUUUUCCUGGUAUUUAAAAGACGCUUUCCAUCGCUGCGUGUGUCAAAGCCAAUGAGAGACGCGGAGUUCUGUGAUCAUUCUUACAUUGACGCGCACAUGAAGCGCUUUGACGCGGUUCUGGAUUUGGAAGAGCGCGUGAGGAGUUCUGGACCAGCGCGUGUCUGAUCAUUAACACCAGCGCGCGCACGCUUUCUGGACCUGACACACUCAUGCAUUACAAAUGGAACACAACAUACAAUGAAAGUCAAGGGGGUCAAAUGUUGUUCGGAACCCAUUGUGUUCCUCAGAAGAAUAAGUCUGACAGGUUAUGACCAACAUUAGGGAACGGAUGCCGGAGUCUUUGAAAUAAGAGGAACAAGAAAAGAGGAAAGACUGCAUUGAGGAUCGGAGAGAGCGAGCGAGAGAGGAAGGAAGACAAGUGUGUACAGUACUUUUGGAAUAGGAAGGAAUACCAGGCCGAAAUAAUGGGGAGGAAAAAGAUUCAGAUUGCACGGAUAAUGGAUGAACGCAACAGACAGGUUACGUUUACAAAGAGGAAGUUUGGACUAAUGAAAAAGGCCUACGAGCUGAGCGUUCUGUGCGACUGUGAGAUCGCCCUCAUCAUCUUCAACAGCACUAAUAAACUGUUCCAGUACGCCAGCACCGACAUGGACAAAGUUCUGCUUAAAUACACUGAGUACAAUGAGCCCCAUGAGAGUCGGACGAAUUCGGACAUCGUGGAGACUCUGAGGAAGAAGGGUCUAAACGGCUGUGACAGUCCUGAUAUUGAUGCUGAAGAUUCAGGACACAGUCCAGAAUCUGAGGACAAAUAUCGCAAAAUCAAUGAGGACAUUGACCUGAUGAUCAGCAGGCAGAGACUGUGUGCCAUCCCCCAGUCCAAUUACGACAUGCCCAUCUCAAUCCCUGUGAGCAACCCCAACAGCCUGAUCUACAGCCACCCAGGAGCAUCCCUGGGCAACCCCAACCUGCUGCCGCUGGCCCACCCCUCCCUCCAGAGGAACAGCAUGUCCCCUGGAGUGACCCACCGGCCCCCGAGUGCAGGCAACACAGGUGGCCUUAUGGGUCCAGACCUCAGCAGCGGAGUGGGCACCAGUGCUGGAAACGGGUAUGGAAACCACCGCAACUCCCCUGGUCUGCUGGUCUCUCCGGGGAGCAUGAGCAAGAACAUGCAGGCCAAGUCUCCUCCGCCCAUGAGCAUGAGCAUGAGCAACCGCAAGCCCGACCUACGCGUCCUGAUCCCUCCCGGCUCAAAGAACACCAUGCCCUCCAUCUCGGAGGAUGUUGACAUGUUGCUGAACCAGAGAAUAAACAACUCCCAGUCCGCCCAGUCUCUGAGCACACCAGUGGUGUCUGUAGCCACGCCCACUCUGCCAGGCCAGGGAAUGGGCGGCUACCCAUCAGCCAUCUCUACCUCAUACGGUACAGAAUAUUCUCUCAGCAGUGGAGACCUGUCCUCUCUGUCCGGAUUUAACAGCUCGGCUUCUCUUCAUCUGGGUUCAAUGACCGGCUGGCAGCAAAACAUGCAGCAUUCUGGUCUAGGACAUCUAGGGAACUGCACCAGCACACAGUUAUGCCAGAGCUCCACCCUCUCGCUGCCGUCCAAUCAGAGCCUGCACAUCAAAUCCGAACCCGUCUCUCCUCCCCGAGACCGGGCGGGAGGCACUCCGGGCGGCUACGCUCAGCCUCUGCCCCCUCCUCCGCCCCAGCCGGCGUCCCAGCAGGGUCAGCUACGGCAGGACGCGGGCCGCUCCCCGGUCGACAGCCUGAGCAGCUGCGGCAGCUCGUACGAGGGCAGCGACCGCGAGGAGCACCGCGCCGACUUCCACUCGCCCAUGGGACUGCUGAGACCUUCUCAGGACGAGCGGCACAGCCCGUCCGUCAAGCGCAUGCGUCUGUCCGAGGGCUGGGCCUCGUGAUUGCGCGGCCUGUGCUGGCUUUUCUAUGUGGAGAUUUCACUUUAGUAUUAUUAUAUUUGUUUCUGCGGAGUGUGAGUGCUACAUCAAGUAUUAAAAUUGAUAUAUAUAUAAGAUAAACAGGGGAGGGAGGGUGGGCGUGUUUGUGAUUUGGGGUUGGGGGCAAGGGACAUGCAUUGCUUGUGCCACGUGUGGGGAAAAACUACAAAAAAAUACUAGUGCUGUCAAAAGAUUAAUCGUGAUUAAUCGUGAUUAAACACAUUUAAAAUAAAAGUUUGUGUUUACAUAA